CCGGCAUCGCGGUGCUUCCACCGGGGAGGGAGAACCGAGCGUCCCUUUCUCCGCACCCCCGGUUUUCUGUGACUGUUCCACGUCCUCCUGCUGCUGCUGCAGCCAACGUGGAUCCGAAUGCCGUGGCUACAAAGGCUUCUCACUGUCUCAUGCUGGGUCCCUCAAAUCCAGGAGCUACUUGGCAGUUUCCAAGGCAACCACCUGUGGAAUAAUUAAAAAGGAUGAAGUGCUAGCGUGCCACAUAUAAGGAAUUCUCGCCUGGAGAAAGCGUUUCACUUUCUUCCGUCUUGAAGAAUCAAAACGUGCUUCUGCCAGCAAAGUUAAGAAAAAGGAACGGUGGCUGAGUUGCACAAGUGAACCAGGACGACGCAAAAUAAAGUCAAAGAGGAAUGCUCAUUUUCCUAUUUUAAGAGUCUGAACCAGGAUUCUGGAAGUGUGUCCUCCUCCUGGCUCUCUGAGUGAAAUUCCAUGUUUAUGACAACAGGCAGAUUUAUGACCAGGUAUAUAUUGCACUGGGACUCCUGAGGGAUCAGCCAAGUGUUUCUUCAGGGAGAAGAAGAAAGGAACUCUUCAGCUGCCUGUUCUGAGACACUGCUUCAAGGAGAGCAAGAGCCCCUCACUGAAAUCCUCCCACGAUGCUGUGGCUGCUGCUGCUGCAGGUGUUGGCCAGCUGCCUCUGGCUGGGACACGGUGAGGUGGUGAAGUCCUUUGAAACUUCAUGUCCUCAGUUUUUUUUCCGGGAGAUCCCCCCAAAUGAAGCUCUGGAGCCACGGAACCCAGCCUGGAUCUGCCAGCGCUACAAGAACCAGUAUUACUUUGCCACCCUGUACGACAGGAAGAUGCGUAUUCCUGUCUACUCUGCUUACAUCUACCAGCCUGGACCUGGCAAAAGACCUAAAACAUGGCUGGUUGAGCCCCAGCUGAUUGGCCCAACUUUUCCCAAAACUAUGGAAAAAGAGUGGACACUCUUAAAUCAAUACAAUGUCACCUUAGAGAAACUCAGCCAGAGCCAGGCUAUCCUUCAUGACUACAAGAACCUGACGGGUUUGAACCGGGGCCAUUUGAACCCCAAUGGCCACCACGACGACUACAGCAGCAGGAUGGCUACCUUCACCCUCACCAACAUAGUGCCCCAGGAUGAGAAACUCAAUGGCGGCGCCUGGAACAACUACGAGCAGCAAACGAUGAUCAGGAGGACCCAGGGCUGUAAAAUCACCUACGCCAUUGUGGGUGCUGUGCCUGGGAACAACUACAUCGCCAAGGGGAGGGUUAAUAAACCCAGCCACCUCUGGUCAGCUGCCUGCUGUGUGGUGGACAACAACCACAUAAAGGCUUGGGCGGUCAUCGCUGAGAAUGACAAGAACCAGGUUGAGCUCCUCACCCUGGGGGAGCUGGAGGACACGUUAACUGAGCUGUAUGGGAGGGGACAGGUUUCCCUGUUUGACAGUGACUGUCCCCGGGAAUAAGCCUCACAUCCUGGGUGGAAUGGGGUCAGGAGCUUUUGCCACAUGUCAUAGAAUCACAGAAUAGUUUGGGUUUGAAGGAAUUUCAAAGACCAUCCAUGUAGUCUCAGCUCCUGAGCCAUGGGCAGGGAUACCUUCCACUAUCCUUGGUGGCUCCAAGCCCUGUCCAACCUGGCUUUGAACACUUCCAGGGAUGGAGCAGCCACAACUUCUCUGGACAACCUGUGCCAGGGCCUCACCACCCUCACAGUAAAGAAUUUCUUCUUAACAUCUAAUGUAACCCCACCUGCUUUCAGUUUAAAGCCAUUCCCUCUUGUCCUGUCACUCCAUACCCUUGUCCAAAGUCCCUCUCUUCUUUAAAAGCCUUUAGACACUGGAAGGGGUCCAUGUUGUCCUUAGAGCCUUCUUUUCUCCAGGCUCCCUCAACCUCAGCUCUCUCACCCUCUUUCUGGAGCAGAUGUGCUCCAGCUCUUGGAGGAAGUCUGUGGCCUCCUGUGGACUCCACUCCAACAUCUUUGUCUCCUUCUCUUCUGUUGUGGAUCCCAGAGCUGGAGGUAGCACUGCAGGUGGGGUCUCACCAGAAUAGAAUAGAGAGGGACAAAUGGACUGUAGAAGGGAACAAGACAACCCAAGCCUCCCAAAGGCCUCUGAUUCAUUUCCAGGAAGGUCUGAGAGAGCAGACUUCACAUGAUAUCUAAUUUCCAUUAGGAAGUGAGAAACCUGUCUUCAGUACAUUCUGCCACCUGCUUAUAGAGUAGUUUAGGGACUAACAUAACAAUUUCCAUGCCAAGUGUGUAAUUUACUAAUAAAACCUUGUGGAAUUUUA